AUGGAAGUUACAGUAGUAGUAUGUCUUCUUAUGGGCUUUCUAAGCACAUUACUCGCUAUUGAAAGUGCAGUUUGCAUCUCAAUGUUCCAACAAGUGUGCUUCAUCCCACCACUUGCCAAUAUGGUGACGUUCAUUUUAAGUAUAGUGACACUCGUGCCUGUAAGUGCGUGUCUAGUUACAGCUUGGUUGGACGCCCAUGACGAUAUGAAUGAAGAGCAGCAGUUUUUGCUGAACACUAGAGGUCAUGCAGCAACAUCAAGUGAUCGUACAAGACAACCGAGACGUAUCGUCACGUACUUGUAUGCUGGUCACCUGCUCUCGGCUUGGGGUGAUCGGAUGUGGGGCUUUGCAGUACCCAUCUUGUUCAUGGACAUAUUCGUCGAUACGUUUCUUCCGAGCGCAGCCUUCUCACUGGCCAUGUACGUUGUGUGCAUCGCUAUGAUUCCGACAGUGGGUCAUUAUCUCGACCGAUGGAAUCGCUGGACGGCUAUGAAGUACGCUAUCAUUCUGGAAAACUUGAUGAUCGUGUUGAGCUCCAUUAUCUUAGUACUGAUUCUACUGGUGACGCAAGCUGAUGGCAUCCACAAGCCUGAGUGGACAUGGCUACUGGUAUUGCUGUUUGCAUGCACAUUGGUAUGUGGCGGCGUGGGACAAGUGCUCAACGACGCGCAGACUUUGGGCAUCGAACGUGACUGGGUCGUGGUUAUUGCUGGAUCCGACAACUCGACGAUAUUAGCUAACCUCAAUACGACCAUGCGCCGCAUCGAUCUUAGUUGCAACAUUCUCGGUCCCAUAGCGUUUGGUUUUAUUGUAGAUUUUGCGGGGAGUGAUGCCACAACUCGCGCUAUCGUAGGAGCUGCAGUUGUGGGUAUCUGGAAUCUGAUCUCGGCACCUCUAGAGUACGCAAUGACGUAUGACGUUUAUCGCCUCGUGCCUGAUCUGGCUGUCCGUUCACCGGUUGAUGAUGAACAUGUAAUCGAUGACGAGGAUGAGGAAAUGCCACACUCAACUUCCACUGCCCAGUUGGGCACGAUGACCCGUUACGGCAAAAUGUGGAUCAGCUAUGUCAAACAUCCGGUCUUUUACGUCAGUUUGUCGUUCUGUGCUCUGUACAUGACGAUUCUCAGCGGUGGCGCGUUGAACAUUGCCUACCUAAAGUGGCGUGGAGUUUCAAACGCUCUUUUGGGUGCGAGUCGUGGUGCUGGAGCAUUGGCUGGACUGGUGGGGACUAUAAUCUUCCAGUGUUUGCGGACAUCCAUGAAACAAGUGGAGUUUGUGGCGGUGCUGAGUGUGUGGCUCUUUUGGUCGUGCCUAGCUCCAGUAUUGCUAGCCUUUCUGUUCACGGGCGAGUCCGUCGUGUCCGAUUAUGUCAUGCUGACAUGUGUAGUCGUAUCGCGUGCUUGGCUCUGGAGUACGGAUCUGGCUGUGACGCAGAUUAUGCAAGAGUGGAUCGAACCAAACGAACGCGGUGCCAUUAACUCCAUGCAGACGGCCAUGUGCCAGUUCUUCUUCAUUCUUAUUUUGUUGUCGGGUGUGGUUUUCCACGAUCCGCAACAAUUUGAGGCUCUCGUGAUGUUCUCACUAGCCGCGGUGUUAGCUUCUUCCGUUGGGUUCACAUACUGGGUAGUCAAGUACGGCCGUCAUCGCAACAAGUACAUCUCGGCAGAGACAGCACCAGCGACGACACGUAGGUAG